CUAAGAGGUUUGCUUUCCCAUCGUAGUUGUGCUUUGGGGGAGCUCUCCCGCCUGCCAGAAGAAGCGUACGUAGACAGAGCAAGACGCCAAAUCUCAGCCAUUCCCUGGGGCCCCUCCAGAGAGGUGCAGGAGGAGCUGGAGUAGAAGCAGACGCGGCUCGGCUCCGGCGCCCCAGGGAGCGCGAGGGAGGCGGGGACCUCGCCCACCCGGCCCGCCGCGCCUCGCACGCAGCUUCGCGUCCGCAGCCUGCACUUGGGAUGGGGCGCUCGGCCCCGGCUCGCUGACUCCGCGGUGCCCGGUGCGCUCCUUGACUCUGGGUCCCGGCGCCAGCAGCCGGCGCGCUCCGCUCGCUUCCAGCGCGGGUCCGCGGCGACAGCGCCGAGCGGCGGGGAGGGGACGCUGCACGCCCUGCCCUGGACCCCGAACGCCGCCGACCUCGCUGCGCGGCCCCUGCCCUGCCGGCCGAGCCAUGACGGACGCCAGCAACAGGAAGGAGGGCUUCAAGAAAUGCCGGAGCGCCACUUUCAGCAUCGAUGGCUACAGCUUCACCAUCGUUGCAAAUGAAGCUGGAGACAAGAAUGCUAGACCACUUGCCCGCUUCUCCCGCUCUAAGUCUCAGAACUGUCUGUGGAACUCCUUCAUUGAUGGGCUCACAGGGAAUGUCAAAGAGAAGCCACGGCCCACGAUUGUCCAAGACCCUCGACCUCCAGAAGAAAUCCUAGCAGAUGAAUUGCCACAGCUGGAUAGCCCAGAAGCCUUGGUGAAGACAUCCUUCAGGUUACGGUCCUUGGUCAAACAGUUAGAGAGAGGGGAGGCUUCAGUGGUAGAUCUUAAGAAGAAUCUGGAAUAUGCAGCCACAGUGCUUGAAUCUGUAUAUAUUGAUGAAACCAGGCGACUCCUGGAUACGGAGGACGAGCUCAGUGACAUUCAGUCAGAUGCUGUGCCUUCUGAGGUCCGAGACUGGCUGGCCUCCACCUUCACAAGGCAGAUGGGUAUGAUGCUCAGGAGGAGUGAAGAGAAGCCCAGGUUCAAGAGCAUCGUCCAUGCAGUCCAGGCUGGGAUAUUUGUGGAGAGAAUGUAUAGACGGACAUCAAACAUGGUUGGACUGAGCUACCCACCAGCUGUUAUUGAAGCAUUGAAGAUCCCCAUUUCUGCACUUGUCUCAUUUGUGGAGGCGCUGGAAGUGGGAUACAGCAAACAUAAAAAUCCUUAUCAUAAUUUAAUGCAUGCUGCUGACGUCACACAGACUGUGCAUUACCUCCUCUAUAAGACUGGAGUGGCGAACUGGCUGACGGAGCUGGAGAUCUUCGCUAUAAUUUUCUCAGCAGCCAUCCACGACUACGAACACACCGGAACCACCAACAAUUUCCACAUUCAGACUCGGUCUGAUCCAGCUAUUCUGUACAACGAUAGAUCUGUCCUAGAAAAUCACCAUUUGAGUGCAGCUUACCGGCUUCUGCAAGAGGAUGAGGAGAUGAAUAUUUUGAUCAACCUCUCAAAGGAUGACUGGAGGGAGUUUCGAACGUUGGUAAUUGAGAUGGUGAUGGCCACCGAUAUGUCCUGUCACUUCCAACAAAUCAAAGCAAUGAAGACUGCCCUGCAGCAGCCAGAAGCGAUUGAAAAGCCCAAAGCCUUAUCCCUGAUGCUGCACACAGCAGACAUUAGCCAUCCGGCAAAGGCCUGGGACCUGCACCACCGCUGGACGAUGUCCCUCCUGGAAGAGUUCUUCAGACAGGGUGAUAGAGAAGCGGAGCUGGGGCUGCCUUUUUCUCCUCUGUGUGACAGAAAGUCCACCAUGGUCGCUCAGUCUCAAGUAGGCUUCAUUGAUUUCAUCGUGGAGCCCACCUUCACUGUGCUCACAGACAUGACUGAAAAGAUCGUGAGUCCAUUAAUCGACGAAACCUCCCAGACUGCUGGAACAGGACAGAGGCGAUCUAGUUUGAACAACAUCAGCUCAUCAGAUGCAAAGCGAUCAGGCGUCAAGAGCUCUGGGUCAGAAGGAAGUGCCCCCAUCAAUAAUUCUGUCAUCCCUGUUGACUGUAAGGGCUUUAAAGCCACUUGGACAGAGGUGGUGCACAUCAAUCGGGAGAGAUGGAGAGCCAAGGUGCCCAAAGAGGAGAAGGCCAAGAAAGAAGCAGAGGAAAAGGCUCGCCUGGCUGCAGAAGAGAAGCAGAAGGAAAUGGAAGCCAAAGGCCAGGCUGAAGAAGGUGUGGCUAGCAAGGCUGAAAAAAAGACAUCUGGAGACAGUAAGAGUCAAGUGAACGGAACACGCACAAACAAAAGUGACAACGCCCGUGCGAAGAAUCCCAAAGUGGAGAAGUGGCCGGGAGAAAAGCAACAGAACGGUGAUUUAAAAGAUGGUAAAAACAAGACAGACAAGAAGGAUCACUCGAAUGUCGGAAAUGAUACAAAGAAAACAGAUGGCACAAAGAAGCGUUCUCAUGGCUCCCCAGCUCCCAGCACUAGCUCCACAAGUCGCCUUACCUUGCCAGUUAUCAAGCCUCCUUUGCGUCAUUUUAAGCGCCCUGCUUAUGCAUCUAGCUCCUACGCACCUUCGGUUCCAAAGAAAACUGAUGAGCAUCCUGCAAGGUACAAGAUGCUGGAUCAGAGGAUCAAAAUGAAGAAGAUUCAGAACAUCUCUCAUAACUGGAACAGAAAAUAGAGCAAAGGGAAGAAAAGAAGGCGUGAAGGAGGGCCCACCUGUCUGCCUGUCGGCACUCAAUGGCCACAGCGAGGCUCCCACCCAGAACUGUGAAGGUCUUUGGGGCUGAUACUAUUGUGUCUGAUUCCAAAAUGAAGGCUGUAUGCGAUAACUACCCCUUUUCUCUCACAGACUCAUCAAUUGCUGGAUUUGGACAGUAAUCUGGAACCUAGCAACAAACAAAUACUAGUUGUUUCAUAUAGGUUAUUAAGUCUAGGUUGGACCAAAAUUAAAAUGACACAGGCUUUUCAGAAAAAUGAAACUUCCCACAUUAGCAUUUUUUAAAUUUCUGAGUUGACUUACCACAGGAGUAAGACUAGUUUAAUAAUCAUAAUUAAGACAUUUACUUCUAAAAAUAUCGUUUCCAAUUUUGAAAAUACUUAAAAUUUAAAAGCACUUAAAAUUCAAGUAAAUAUAACUUUCAAAGUAAAUGCACUCAAAAUAAAAGUUAUGCUUCUGAAUGUAACAAUCUUAAGGGGAAAAGAUAACUAUGGAUUAUGCUCAUGGAUAUUUCAGACUUCAGGCUUUACAAAGUAAUUCGCAGGUUAAAAAAAGAAAGAUUUUUUUUAACUUCCAAUCAAACAAAGCUACUUCCAAUAGCCUUAGUGUAUUUUCAAGGAUUUCAGGAGGUACAUUUGUCUUAGUUUUCUUCUAAUUCUUUAUGUAUACCACAGAAGAAGACGCUGGAAAUCAAUGUGAUUUGAGACAUGUGACCCAUGUUUUAAAGACUUCAGCUUUGAGAUUCGCCACAGGGCAUGUUGGUAUGGUUUGGGGAUCCUGGGGCAGAAGGGUAUAAAAUGAUGAAUCUAGUUUUAAUUUUUUAUUUCCAAAUUUUUCUCUGUAAGUCUAGAUAUACCUUUACAAAUGAUCUUCCCAAUAAACCACGUAUCUGAAGCCCUUUUGGAUACCACUGGCUGACAUACCUGUUGAUGGGAUAAAAGGCUUUAUAACUCACCUCACUUUACAGUGGCACUUUGAGAUUUUUCUGUGUCUCCAGAGCUUUUACUUCAGGACUAAAAUCACAGAAAUAGCAAGAAAACCCAAGGGCAGAGAUAGCUUUCAGGGUUGAUCUGCAUCUUGUAUUGCAUAACUAGUUGAAGACUCUUUGUCUAAUGACAUAACCUGGCAAGUAGUAGGUAUACAACAGAAGUAGCUAAAAGCAUACUAUAUUCAACACAAACUCUCCAAGAAAGUCCUCUAGAGAAGGAGCUGCCCUUUGUGGCCACCCCAUUUGGGACUUAAUUGUAAAAGAUUUGAUGUCUUCUCCUUACAUUCUCCGUAGUUCGUUUCCAGUAAACAGCAGUUGUCCCAGUUGAGCAAGCUCAAGUUUAGUGACCAUUGUGCUGUUAAGCAGUUUACUUAAAAUAUGCUUUAUGAUGGUGUUGCAGGGAAAUAUAAUUGCUGCACAAACAGGAAAACACUGUGAUUUUUAUUUGAAUUCUUAGCUCCGUGUCUAGUGCCUGGGCAGGGAGAUCCUUCUGCAGGUUAGUAGUGUCUAGUCACCUAAAUCAGGAUAAUUGAACAGGUGACUCCUACCUGUUUGUAUACAGCUGUUGUAGUGCUGGCUGCACAGAGCCAUUUGGCUACCCAAUAAGGGGGCUUUCUUAGUGUUCCAUAUCUGUCUGUCAGUACCUCCACCCUUAGAGUCAGACUUCACUCUAGCUGUGCUCUCUGGAUUGCACUUCUUGAUGUUAGAAGCCAUGCUUCUGGGAAAGAAAGUUGAUUCCUUUUUCCUAAGAUGUUGUUUUUCAACAUUUGCUACUAUAUUAGUUGAGCAAAUGUACAGAUGUUGAGAUUCUGCACUGCUUGUAAAAUUACUACCGUAUUUUUGCAUGAUGGAUUGUAUAGAAAUGCAGAUUAUAUUCUUACAGCAAAUAAAAAGAUGCUUUG